CUGUUGCUGAUGGAGAGACUGAUGUGAAAAUGACAUGUUACAUUCAGUGAGCAUCAUAUACUCACUUCAGCUGAGUCUGUUCAUCUAUCACUUUCUCACUCCUAUGUGGAUAACGCGCAAGAGUUCAUAUCCAAGCGGAUUUACUGUUUUCGGCUGAACCAGUUUCACAUCGCGGACUUUUAGAUGAUGGCUGAUUUUAGAGCGAGGAACAUUUGAAGGUGGCACACCUGACCAGAGCUCUUGGGUUUGAGUCACCAUGGCAGCUGGAGUUGCGGCAUGGCUUCCCUUUGCCCGAGCAGCUGCCAUUGGCUGGAUGCCAGUGGCAAACUGCCCUAUGCCUCUGGCACCCAGGGAUCACAGCAAGAGGCAAGAUGAGCUUAUCGUAUUGAACGUCAGUGGGCGCCGUUUUCAAACCUGGAGAACGACACUGGACCGCUACCCAGACACACUUCUUGGCAGUACAGAGAAAGAGUUCUUUUAUAACGAAGAGACUAAGGAGUACUUCUUUGACAGGGACCCGGACGCCUUUCGAAGCGUCCUUAACUUUUACCGCACCGGGAAGCUCCACUAUCCUCGAUAUGAGUGCAUCUCAGCCUACGACGAGGAACUCGCUUUCUUUGGCAUCAUUCCUGAGAUUAUCGGCGACUGCUGCUACGAAGAAUACAAGGAUCGUAAGCGGGAAAACGCAGAGAGACUCAUGGACGACCAGGAGGAGAACAAAGAUAUCAAACUGCCCAACAUGAACUUUCGUGAGACCAUGUGGCGAGCCUUCGAGAACCCUCACACUAGCACCAUGGCCUUGGUGUUCUACUACGUGACCGGGUUCUUCAUCGCAAUCUCGGUCAUAACCAAUGUAGUGGAGACGGUCCCUUGCGGUUCCAUGCCCAACCAAAAAGACGUGCCGUGCGGCGAACGUUACACCGUGGCAUUUUUCUGCAUGGACACAGCCUGUGUGAUGAUCUUCACCGUGGAGUACCUCAUGCGCCUCUUCGCAGCCCCCAGUCGUUACCGCUUCAUGCGAAGCGUGAUGAGCAUCAUUGACGUGGUGGCCAUCUUGCCCUACUACAUCGGCCUGGUAAUGACCAACAACGAAGACGUGAGCGGAGCGUUCGUCACCCUGCGAGUCUUUCGGGUCUUUCGCAUUUUCAAGUUUUCACGUCACUCUCAGGGGCUGAGGAUUCUGGGAUACACGCUAAAGAGCUGUGCCUCUGAGCUCGGCUUUCUUCUCUUCUCCCUUACCAUGGCCAUCAUCAUCUUCGCCACGGUCAUGUUUUAUGCAGAAAAGGGAUCCAGCUCCAGCAAAUUCACUAGCAUUCCAGCCUCUUUCUGGUAUACCAUUGUCACCAUGACUACACUUGGUUACGGAGACAUGGUGCCCAAGACGAUAGCGGGGAAGAUUUUCGGUUCCAUCUGCUCGCUGAGCGGGGUGCUGGUAAUAGCCCUGCCUGUGCCCGUCAUCGUGUCCAACUUUAGCCGAAUCUAUCAUCAGAACCAGAGGGCAGAUAAGCGUCGUGCUCAGAAGGUACAGAAAGCCCGUUUGGCCCGGAUAAGAAUAGCUAAGAUGGGCAGCUCCAACGCCUACCUGCAGAGCAAACGCAACGGACUUCUCAACCAGCUGUUGGAUCUGACGGGAUCAGAAGGAGAGGAACUGCAUCGGAAUAAGACAACAUCUCUACUGGAGAGUCAACACCACCACCUAUUGCACUGCUUAGAAAAGACAACUGCCCAUGAGUUUGUAGACGAGCAGAUGUAUGACCAGAACUGUACAGAGAAUGCUCUUCAGAGUUUCCCAUCCCGCAGCCCCUCUCUUUCCAGUCAUGAGGGUUUUACCGGCACGUGUUGCUCUCGACGAUCCAGGAAGAAUAUCCCGCUUCCAAACUCCAGCAUGUCCACCACACACACUCAUAUGCACUCACAAGGCCUGCAGGAGCUAAGUGCUUUUGACAUUCAGUGUGUGGAUCAUCCGGGCCACAGUAUAAGACGUUCCAGCCUCAACCUGAACCCAAAUGAGAUGAGUCGACUGAACAACCGAGGUCAGCAGAUCACUACAGCCAUCAUUAGCCUCCCCUCACCGUCCUCUGAUGGGUAUGGACACGGACCAUCCAACCUUCCUGCCACCAUCAGCACCACCGCCAGUUCCAACAUCGUCAAAGUGUCCGCCCUGUGACCCCUCCGACCGGGGAUGGACUUUAGCAUGUUAGCGUGUGGCAGAACUGUUACGACAGAGGGCUCUGACACAAACAGAUUCGUAGGAACAUCAUAGGGUAAAACCGUAGAUGGGGGUUGGCAGAUGCAAUGAGACCAGUGCAGUUACAAAAGUUACUUCAUCAUGAGCCAAAAAGAGAACUGAUGUGUCUCUUUGUUCGGUAAUUCACUUCUAAGAGGUGACGGCAGUGUACACAGCGAAACAUUAGCGCAGAGAUUACAUGACUUGGGAAAGAAUAGUGUGGUGUUAAGUUACAACGAUUGAAAGUGAUGUUGUGUUAAAAAAUUUAAUUUCCAAACAUUUGGUUGUUUGUCAGUCUUUACGAUAGGCACACAGCAUGUGCGACAAUCAAAGUGAUUUGAUAUUGUGUGAUAUUCACCAAGUUCCUGUGGAAAUCUGUGUUUGUGAGAUGUCUGAAUAUGACUGUUUUCCAAAACCAUAUGGGUUGUCUAUGUAGGUUUUAAAGACAUCAUAGGUGCAGAGACAAACACCUUUUCCAAAGGCAACAGCGCAUGUAUCCUUCGCAGAGAAGGCAUCCCAUAAUGCAUUGUGAUGAGCUCUGUAAAAUUACAAUGGAAAAUAGUUUAUUAUUUAUAAUUUGGGCAAGUAUCAGGAAAGAAUUCUGUGUAAUUAAGAAAAUGUUUGUUUUACUUUCUGUUUGUGUUUUUAAUGCAUGUUUAUAACCAUAAGACCAUCAUAUCAUUAGCUUAGCAACAUGCUAAUGCCAAACCUUGAAAUUAGUUUUGUGUCUAUUGUUUCUUGUGUCUAUCUAGAACAUUUGAAAUAAGUCACUUUCAGGUUCCCUAACAGUAAAGAUGCUACCAUAGAAGGUAGCUGCCUACUGUAUGUAGUGGACGAGGCCUUGUCUGGAACUGUCUGGAAGAGAUUUUGUGUAUCACAGUCAGCCAAAUGAACUCUAUAGAGAUAUUCACAACAUUAUUUGUUCAGCGACAUCAGCAAUUUUGUUCUUUGUAAAGAUUUUGUGUUCCAUUUGAAUGUUUAUUCUUCACUCUACAUUUCUUUCAUUUAUUUCUCUUUCAGGUUUCUUUUCCUUGCUCUGUCUCUAUCGCUCAGAAUGGAAAAACUGUAGUUGAAAUUGCUAAUUUUCUUUUCCUCAGCACAGGCUCCUUAUAGGCUUUUUCUCUAUUUAGAAUGUUGAUGUUGCAAUUUGAACAGAUCUUGCAGCUUAUUUGAACAGUAAUACAAUAUACAGCAACAGCAUCUUAUUAGAGAGUGUAUUUCAUCCACAAACAGGGUAGACUUUGGUGUCCUAUACCAUUUAAAAAUGUUCCAACAUGUUUCUUGCGAAAACUAUAAGUUAUGUAUUAAAAUGCAUCGUCAGGGACCUUGAACUUUUUAUCUCCAACAUUUAUUAUAAUAAAACAACAUUAUAAUUUUGUCACAUUCUGUUAACAUGAUGGUUCAUUCAAAAGGAUUUGCUAAUUGGAUUACGAGCCUCAUACUGUAUAGGCUGUAAUUAAUACCAAACUAAACGACUCUUUCAUUUUGUGUUAAACCUCCUGACUGAGGUUGACAGUCAAACUUUUCUGAAAUUUAAGUGCUUCCUUUUACUGACCAUAAGUGGAAAUGGGGGAAAUACGGUAUUCUUUUUACACUGUAUGUUUUCUACCCUGUUAGUGGAAAGUGCUUAUAAUUGUUCAGAUUGUAAUGAUUAAAUCAGCAAACAGGAAGUGGAAGAUUCAGUUGAUGUCAUCUGUUAAAGGACAAGUUCAGUAUUUUAGACUUAAAGC